CGCUGGGUUAGGUUGGGCCGGGCCGGCCCGCAAGGUUUGACAGCAGUAGCUAUAACCAUAAAUAUCAGUUUCAGUCUCAAAUUAGUGCAAAUUAAAAAUCCAAAAAGCAUUAGAAUUUUUUUAUUCGAAGAUGAGUUCGGAAGCAGAAGCAGCGCAUGUACUGAUAUUUCCGAUGCCGGUGCAGGGCCACCUCAAUUCCAUGCUAAACCUAUCCCAGCUCUUCUGCUUAGCCGGCUUCCACGUCACCUUCAUCAUUUCCGACUUCAGCCACCGCCGCCUCCUCCAGCACACCUCCGUCGCCGCCACCUUCGCCCGUUACCCGGGAUUCCAGUUCCGGACUCUCCCCGACGGCCUCCCCGACGACCACCCACGCGCCGGUCAGAGAGCCAUGGAGUUUUUGUCCUCCGUCACAAACGUCACAGUCCCACUUUUCAAGAAAAUGAUGCUCCAAGAAAAUUUCUUCGCCGCCGCCGGCCGUAGACCGGUUACCUGCUUCGUUGCAGACGGGCUGCUGAGCUUCGCCGCCGACUUCACCGAAGAGAUUGGGCUUCCCCUCAUCUACUUCCGAACUGCUACCACCUCCUACUUCUGGGCUCUUUUCUGCUUUCCUCGCCUCCUUCAAGCUCAAGAAUUUCCUUUCGCAGAAAAUUCGAUGGAUGAAUUAGUUGAAAGCAUACCAGGAAUGGAAGGUUUCCUUCGGCGACGUGACCUGCCGAGUUUUUACCGUGUCGAUGUGAACGACCCCAUGCUUGAGAAAGUGGUAGCUGUAACAAGGCUAAUUGUGAGGGCGCAAGCGGCCAUAUUCAACACUUGUGAUGAUCUCGAGGGGCCGAUAGUUGCCGAGAUACAGAAGCAUGUGCCGAGAAUUUUCUCCAUCGGUCCAAUUCACGAGCAAGUGAAAUCCAGACUCACGGAGAAGAAGGAAGAGGCCUCCAUCAUCACGGCGAGUCUAUGGGCAGAAGACCGGAGCUGCAUCGAUUGGUUGGACGCGCAGCCACCCAAAUCUGUCAUCUAUGUUAGCUUUGGGAGCAUAACACUUGUGACGAGAGAGCAAGUGUUAGAGUUCUGGCACGGCUUGCUUAACAGUUCGCAGAGAUUCUUGUGGGUGAUGAGGCCGGAUUCCAUCAUCGGGGAUGAAGGAAAUGAUCAAUUAGUUUUGGCGGAAUUAAUGGAACGUAGUAAAGAAAAGGGUUUGUUGGUGGAGUGGGCGCCGCAGGAGAAGGUGCUCAACCAUCCUGCGGUGGGCGGCUUCUUGACGCACAGUGGAUGGAACUCGACUCUCGAGAGCAUUGCGACGGGUGUGCCGAUGAUAUGUUGGCCUUAUUUUGCCGAUCAAACCACUAAUAGUAGGUUUGUGAGUGAAGUUUGGAAAGUGGGAUUGGACAUCAAAGAUACUUGUGAUAGAUUGAUUAUUGAGAAGGCGGUGAGGGAUUUGAUGGAAGUGAGAAAAGAUGAGUUUUUGGAAAUGGCACAAAAUAUGGCUAAACUUGUGAAAAAGUCUGUUAGUAAAGGUGGUUCAUCAUAUUCUAAUAUGGAUGACUUAGUACAGUAUAUCAAGUCAUUGGUGAUUUGAUUAUGAACUAAUGCAUUGUUAUUUGCAAGUUCAGGUAUAUUUUGGCAAGAUUAUAGCGAUUUAUAUGGCUUAAAUUUAUUGUUAGUGUUAUUUUUUAACGAUGUUUUUGUUUGUAUUUUCUGAAAACUACAAAUAAAUUAACAUGUGCGGUGUUGAAUAAAACAAA